AUGAAGGAGUCGACUAUUGCGCUCCAGGCCGUCGUGCAGGCUUGCCUCUUCUCCAUCACCUCCGCAUCCCCCGCUCCCACUGCAUUCCCCGAUAAGAAUGCCGUCGCCCCACAAAAUCCCGUUAUCACAGCCUCUCCAGUACAGCGUCAUCCCUCCCCCAUCGUUGGCAGGAACUUGUUGGACGAUGUUGACUCCUAUGUCGACACCGUGCUUUCGGGCCUUGGAUCCGACCUCCCCUCGUGGGUUGCAUCCGGCGUGCCCAAUUACUUCCAGGGAUUCCCGACUGGAGACGCCGUUGUCAGUUCCCUCGGCCUGGAGAGCACAGAAUUGGCAGCAUUACCCACAAAUGUGCUGAACAUCGACCCUUACGCGAAUUGGACCAACUCAGGCUGGAACGUUCGCUUCCACGGAAACGUUUACAAGCAGCCAAAUACCUCCGUCUCGGACUUGAACAAGUUAGCCAACGUCUUCCUCGUCGGCACAAGCAUCUCCGAUCUUCCUGAAUCGCAACAAGACCAGGCGCGGAACCUGACAGCCGAGAUCUUCGUUGUCCAACAGCCGGAUGUGGCUGUGAACACUAUUCAUCUCGAACCUGCCCCAAGCCAGGGGUCAAGCGGACAGCCUGGUGGUGGUGGAUCAUCGAACACCACCGGUGGCACACAAAACAUUACCCUCCCGUACAAUACAACGGUUGAGGGUGACUUUGACACCUUUUUGCCGAUUAAGAGCAAUGGGCUCACUGCCGGAAAUGAGACCUCAGCAAUCCAGAGACUCAACACUUACGUUGAGGGCGCUACUAUUGGCAACAGUACCGCUUACUUGGUGCCUCCAACUGGAAUCACUAUUGUCUCUGACAUUGACGAUAUUCUGCGCGUCACAAAGAUCUAUGAACCAAAGCAAGGAUUGCUCAAUUCCUUUGCCCGUCCUUUCACGCCCUGGCAGAACAUGCCUGAUAUUUACCGCAACUGGUCUAUCAGCGUUCCUAACAUGCACUUCCACUACUUGACUACCACCCCCGAGCAGGUCACCAGGAACUACAUGGAGUUCAUCUAUAAAAACUACCCAGGUGGCUCUUUUGACACCCGCCCACUGAACUUCAGUGACGUCUCCGCGACCCUCUCGAUCCGCAAGUUCCUUCUACAGAAGGUUUUCGAAACAUUCCCCGAGCGCAAGUUCAUCCUGAUCGCAGACACCAGCAAUAGCGAUGUCAUGCGCGACUACCCAGAAAUGGCCACCGAAUUCCCCGGACAAGUCCAAUGCAUCUGGAUCCGCAACACCAGUGCCACCGACUCGGGUGACAAGUUCCCGUAUGACACAUCUGGUUUCAAAAACUUGAACCAAUCUAAUUAUAUGUUUUUCUUGAAUGCGGAUGACCUGACAAACUUGGAUGUUGCAAAUGGAGACUGUUACAACACGUCUAUUCCCCAGAACCUGACUUUUGGAUAUCAGGGACUUCCAGAUGGAUUGGGAGACACCCCUACCUCGGUCAAUGGAUCGGCGAAUCACACUGGGGCAGGAAUUGCGCUGUCACCAAGUGGAUCUGGUGGUGUGCAGAGUUUGGCCCUCUUGGUCGCUGCCAUAUUUAUGGGCACUUUCAUGUUCUUUUAG